AUGGCACCUCAAAUCCCCACCCGCCAGCUUGGCCGGAACGGACCUCAAGUCCCCGCCUUGGGAUUCGGACUCAUGGGCCUCUCCGCUUUCUACGGCGCUCCCGCCUCGGACGAAGAGCGCUUCCAAGUCCUGGACCGCGCCCUGGCCCUCGGCGAGACCUUCUGGGACUCCGCCGACCUGUAUCUCGACAACGAAGACCUCAUCGGCAAAUGGUUCGCCCGGACCGGGAAGCGCCGCGAGAUCUUCCUAGCGACGAAGUUCGGGUGCGUGCAUCUGGGCGACCAGGAGGGCAAAAUGUUCGAUUCGAGCCCGGAGUACGUGAAGCGUGCGUGCGCGAAGAGCUUGGAGAGACUUGGUGUGGAGAAUAUCGAUCUGUACUACUGCCAUCGGGUUGAUUUGGAGACGCCCAUUGAGAAGACGGUGGAGGCGAUGGCCGAGUUGAAGAAAGAGGGCAAGAUAAAAUACCUCGGUCUCAGCGAGGUUUCCUCCGAUACUCUUCGCCGCGCACAUAAAGUCCAUCCUAUCUCUGCCGUGCAGAUCGAGUAUUCCCCGUUCGCCCUGGACAUCGAGCAUCCCGAUAUUGAGCUUUUGAAGACCUGCCGCGAGUUGGGUGUCGCUAUUGUAGCGUACUCGCCCCUUGGCCGAGGCAUGCUGACGGGCGCCUACAAAUCGCUCGACGACUUCGAAGACGGAGAUUUCCGCAAGUUGUCACCCCGCUUCGCAGGCGGCAAUUUCGAGAAGAACCUCAAGCUCGUUCGAGACCUCUCCGCCAUCGCGGAGAAGAAGAACUGCACCGCGGGCCAGCUGACCCUUUCCUGGCUGAUGGCCCAAGGUGAUGACAUCUUCCCGAUCCCCGGUACCAAGAAGAUCAAGUAUCUGGAGGAGAACCUGGGGUCGUUGAACGUCACGUUGAGCCAGGACGAGGUUCGGGAGAUUCGGAGCUUGGUCGAUGGGGCGGAGGUCCACGGGGAGAGAUACCCGGAAACCAUGAAAGCCAAUCUUUUUGCCGAUACGCCGAAAGCUUGA